UUUCUAGAUUCAGUUCGUUAGUCAGUGAGUAGAGGCGACGGACGAUACAAGUACAGGAUGAACGUCAAGGUACUUAUCUUCUUGGGGUUGGUAGCUGUUGUUGCAGGAGACAAGCGCCCCGUGUAUGGCGAUAUAGCCGAGGAGGACUCGUCCGAAGAGUCGUUCGAGUCCAGCGAAGCCAAGUACAGCUUCACCUGGGCAGUCAGCGACGACUCCUCCAGCAACGAGUUCGGACACGAGGAAUCCCGCGAUGGAGACGACACCCGAGGGUCGUACUACGUUGAGCUUCCAGACGGUCGUCUGCAGACUGUCAGGUAUUUCGUCGAGGGAGACUCGGGUUACGUAGCCGAAGUCACCUACGGAUCAACCGAAUCGGACGAAUCCAACGAGUCGAAAUAAGUUAUUUGUGAAGUAUGUUACUUUAUCUUGGUUGUAGUUCAGUGCUGGAUUCCGCUGAACUCGAAAUUAUCUAGUCGAGACGAAUAAAGAUAUGGAUUAAA